UGCGCGUGACGUCAUCGCGGCGCGUGGGGCGGUUGGAAGGAGGAAACCGGGACCGGGAUCGGGACCGGGAGCGCGAGAGCACUGCGCUGAGCGCUGGGGAGAGGCUGGUACAGCGAGCGGACACGAGACCCGCCUUGGAGGAGCGUCCAGCCCACCGCGUGCGGAGCCUGCGCUGAGCGCUGGGGAGAGUCCAAUACAACGAUGGCCGUGAACGUCUACUCCACCUCGGUCACCAGCGACAACCUCAGCCGCCACGACAUGCUCGCCUGGAUCAACGAGUCGCUGCAGCUCGUCCUCACCAAGAUAGAGCACCUCUGCUCCGGUGCGGCCUACUGCCAGUUCAUGGAUAUGCUGUUCCCCGGCUCCGUGGCCCUGAAGAAGGUGAAAUUCCAGGCCAAACUGGAGCACGAGUACAUCCAGAAUUUUAAGAUUCUCCAAGCCGGCUUCAAGAGGAUGGGCGUCGACAAGAUCAUCCCCGUGGACAAGCUGGUGAAGGGCAAGUUCCAGGACAACUUCGAGUUCGUCCAGUGGUUCAAGAAGUUCUUCGACGCCAACUACGACGGCAAGGACUACGACCCCGUGGCGGCCCGCCAGGGCCAGGACCCCGCCCCCGCCAACGCCAACGCCAACCCCGCCUCCCUGCUCGCCCCCGGGCCCAACAGGCCCAAGAAGACCCUCGGCUCGGGCAGCGCCACCCCUGCGCGGCCCGUGUCCACCCAGAGGACGGCGGCCUCUUCCACCCCCAAGCCGGGCCCCGGGACGGCGCGCAAGGCCCUCGGCGGAGGAGGCAACGGCGAAGAUGAGUCGGCCGAGCUGGUCCAACAGAUCCACGUCCUAAAGCUGACGGUGGAAGACCUGGAGAAGGAGCGCGACUUCUACUUCGGGAAGCUGCGCAACAUCGAGCUCAUCUGCCAGGAGAACGAGGGCGAGAGCGACCCCGUCCUGCAGCGGAUCGUGGACAUCCUCUACGCCACGGACGAAGGGUUCGUCAUUCCCGACGAAAGCGGCCCGCAGGAGGAAGAGCAGGAGGAGUACUGAUGGCGGUCGCGUCCGCCCGUGUGUGUGUCCCCCCCCCACCCCCCGACGCGCGUGUGUGUGUGUGAAUGUGCGUGUGCACGCGUGCGUGUGUGCC